AGAACUUCUUAUUGGUGUUGAAUUUAGUCAAUUAAAUAAGUUAACACAAGUCUACAAUUUCAUUCAAAUAUAAUCCUAUUACUCUCUAUUAUCAUUUAAAACGUCCGUUUUUUCAUAAUUAUCUUUAACAAUUAAUAAUUAUUCACAGAAUAUUAUAAUUUCAUUGAAUGGACAGUCCAACAACAAAACAACCAUAUUCAGUUAGACAAAGAGAUUGGCAUGAUGGACUAUUUGACUGUACAAAUGACUGUAAUUCAUGUUGGCUUGUACUUUUCUGUUAUUCCUGUUACAUGUGUUACAUGUAUCGUCGAUAUGAUGAAUGUUGGGCAACCCCAUGUUUUAUUAUAUGCCCUGGUUUGACGUUAAGAGCAUACCAUCGGGCUAAACACAAUAUACAAGGUACUUUGUGCAGAGAUUUCCUGAAGGAAUACUUUUGUCCAUUGUGUGCAGCUUGUCAGUUAGAUCGUGAUAUGAAAUAUGUGGAAGCGACUAGUGGGAUAUUAAAUGUCUGAAGAGAAACAGACAGUUUUAUAGUUCAGUUUGUUUGUGUUUUUUUCCUGCUACUUCUUUAAUGUUUUGAUAAAUAUUUAUUCAUCACUUUAAAGUCAUGAUAUUCUUAUCCUCUUGUUGUAAAAGGGAUAGUUUACAAAUUCUAUGAACCAUUCCAUCAUGUUUAAAAUAAUUUUCAUUCAUUGCACUGGCUUUUUUGUUUUAUUAUGAAAUACUCACAAUGAUGCAUUUGUAUGAUAAAUAUAGAUACAAAUUUUUAAUCCGAUCAACCAUUGUAGACUUCAUUUGACUCAUAUUUUCAUAUAGUGAUGAGCGGUAAGUUCAAAGUGUCUACCAAGUAAUAUUCAAAAACAUUAAAGCUAGAAGGAAAAUAUUGUCCAUUAUAUUUUACAAGUUCUUUAGUUGAUACUGACUGACUGUGAUCAACUCCAUGAAAUAUUUAAAUGAUCUAAUAUCUUGGUGUACAUCUAUGUUAAUGAGAAGGUCUGUUAGAGAAUGUUUAUAGCAAUGAUCAAUUGAUUUAAUUCGAUUUGUUCAUCGAAGCAGUAAACAAUUAUUUAAUGAAUACAGAAGAUGUAAU